AUGCGAUUCUCACCCUUCAUCUCCACGCUCGUCUACACGUUCUCCAACCUCACCCGCGUCCGCGCAGCGCAGUCCCUCGGCGCCCAGACUCCCCUUGUCGCCGCACGCCCGCUCCGCGCUUCUAUGUCCUCGAUCCCAUUCCUGGGUGCUCUGUUCGGCUCUUCCGCUUCGCAGCAAGACAAGAUGUCGUACCCUGACAAGAGAUCCGACGAUGAGUGGCGGGCCGUUCUGAACAAAGAACAAUUCCGCAUCCUCCGCGAGAAAGGAACCGAGCCCCCCGGCUCCGGCAAGUUCGACAAGCACUACCCCGAGGAGGGCGUCUACGCCUGCGCCGGGUGCUCCGCGCCGCUGUAUAAGGCCACGCACAAGUUCAAGUCGGGAUGCGGCUGGCCGGCCUACUUUGACUCGCUGCCCGGCGCCGUCGUGCGCCACGAGGACCGCGCCUUCGGCAUGGCGAGGACGGAGAUUGUCUGCGCCAACUGCGGCGGUCACCUUGGCCACGUGUUCAAGGGCGAGGGUUUCGACACCCCCACGGAUGAGAGGCAUUGCGUCAACAGCGUGAGCUUGACGUUUUCGCCCGACGAGAAGAAGGCUGGCGAGGGAAGCGGCCAGGGCGCCAAGGGAGAGAGCAAGGUUUGA